AUGCCAUUUGUAUGUAUGUACUCAUGUGUGUGUGUGUGUGUGCCUGCCUGCCUGCCGGUGUCUAGUUACUACCACCACCACAAGACAUGCGCAACAGUCAGCAGAGCACAUCGCUUCGUGAGCCGCACCCUGCUCGGGCCUGCUUGCAUCGAAAAGAAACAAUCCGAUGCCUCUGGCGAGGUCAUUCGCAUGAAAAUACUCCCAUUGAGCGGCACGCUGAAACCACACCCUCGCACCUGUCGCGACGUCUGGAUUGUGGCCAGACCACUGCCCGCCCAUGACGCUAGCCCCCAUCAUACCCAGCGCCCCAGCAAGCUCCACAUGGCGUCAUGUCAUGUCCCACUGCUGGAUUUUGCCCGGCAGAAAAUCAAACGCGCCCCUCCAUUCAGUUGCCAUGGAGCUGCCGACCCCAUCACCGCCCGACCAGGGCACGGACUUGUUAUCAUCGAUGUCCUACACUUUAUCGAUCCCCACCCGUUUGCUUGGCUGAGCUAUGGCCAGAUCCGCAUGCCGCUAGUCCGCUUCCGACCCCCCCUCCGACCCAUCACGAUCGCGACGACAGAAUCUCAAUCGCGAUGGGCAAAUCAUUCGGUGCGACUCAUCAGGAUGCCUGCUUUCUGCUUUCGCUUCUUCUCCACCAGCCGAGACAACAACAACAACACAUUGCAAACUAGUCGGCCUCUCCAAUACACACCGUUCCGGAAGGAUGCGCAUCCGCCGCCUAUGCCUAGAACCCGUCAUCGUCCAAGCAAAGAUUGCAUCCUCGCCGUCACGCUGAUCACAUGGCGCCGCCGUUGUUCGCAGUGA